UAGUGAAUAGCAACUUUAAAUUUUGGCCUUAUUUUCCACAAAAUGCCACUGCAUCGCAAAUGGGAAUGUGAACUACAGGGUGCUAACAAGUGCUGAGAACAUCUCAUAUGGAUUUUUGUGAGUAUGAAAGGGGCAAGUGAAUUCUAAUUUAGAAGCCAGGAUGGAGGUCUUAAUGCCUGAACCUCAGAUUUAUGUGGAAAGAACUCUGGCUAUCAUCAAACCAGAUGUCAUUGAUAAAGAAGAAGAAAUAGAGGAUCUCAUUCUCCGAUCAGGAUUCCACAUCAUUCAGAAACGGAAGCUCCAAUUAAGCCCAGAGCAAUGUAGCAACUUCUACGCAGAACAAUUUGGAAAAGUGUUUUUUCCUAAUUUAACAGCCUAUAUGAGUUCUGGUCCUAUAGUUGCUAUGGUUCUUGCUAGAGAUUGUGCAGUCUCAUACUGGAAGGAAUUGCUUGGACCAUCCAACAGCCUAAGAGCUAGGAUAACUCACCCUCACAGCUUAAGAGCACUCUAUGGGACUGAUGAGCUGAGGAAUGGGCUCCACGGCAGUCUCAGCAUCUUCUCGGCAGAGAAAGAAAUUCGAUUCAUAUUUCCAGAAGCAGUCUUGGAGCCUGUUCCCACUGGACAAAGAGCUCGGGAUUACCUGAACCUGUAUGUGAAGCCCACACUGCUGGCAGGGCUCACUGCCCUGUGCAAAGAGAAGCCAGCAGACCCCAUGAUUUGGCUUGCUGACUGGCUGAUUGAACACAAUCCUAAUAAACCUAAACUACAAUAUCGCAUCUCUCAGUAAGAGCAUCGGCGGUGAGAGCCUGGUGGAAGCUAUCUCUCACAUUCCGAGUUACAGCUGUGUAUUGUCAUCUUCAGUGUGUCCUUUGACUCUAUAAUCAAUACUACCUAAAGCAAAUGCAUUUGUCAUAACUACUUGUGUCCUCAUGGGAUAAAUAACCUUAUGUCUAACCAGGAUGUAGUGGUUCUAGUACCUUCUCUACUGACAAAGUCAAUGUAGAAUUACACGAUAAAUUUAUGGCAUUGGGUGAUUAGAAAAAGACAAUGUUCUCAGUGGGUGUGACUUACUGCUCUUGUCCGCGUUUUUCUUGGUUUGGCUGUGUGGGAGAACAAAAUAAUUUACAGUGGUGUGGAUUCCCAAAUGACAUCCACCUGGCCUGUGCUUUGCGAAGCCAAGGGUUGUGUUUCAGCAAUUUUUAGCAUAAAUUCAGUUAUGAAGGGAGGUACUUGGAUAUAAUGUAGAAAACAAUUACUGGAGGCCUAUUAGCAACACUGGAAUUUUAAUUGCUGAUUACAUCACCCAGCUAAGGUUGUUCUUGAAGAUUAUUCACUUAAGUCUGAUGUAUUUUGUCAGAAUGUAAUUUGAAGGACUUACUUGAAAGUACAUUCAGUGCUCUU